CUCUGCACGCACGCACACAGUGUCCCCGAUUUUACAUAUUAUUUGUUACGUUCUGUUCUGCACUAAUUGCAGGUGCCUCUUGUUAUCAGUGCCGAGAUAAUAUACCUAUACAAUUUUAUGAAAUCAAACGAGCGAAAUGGAAAAAUUGGGAAAAUUGUAUAAGUUUCUGUCAAUUUUAAACGUUGUGGUUUUACUAUUGUUAGAAGUGACGAGUGCAGACUUAGGAGACGCUGAUCCCGUAGUUUUGACGAAAUAUGGAAAAGUGAGGGGGAUAAGGACUAAGGAGCAUUAUGAGUUUAGGAAAAUUCCGUUUGCGAAGCCACCCCUGGGGCAGCUCAGAUUUAAGCCGCCACAAGAACCAGAAGCGUGGACAGAUAUUUUGCAUAAUGAAGACUUUCCUGAAUACUGUAUUCAGUGGAACACUUUUUGGAACACGACGGAAGGAAUUGAAGAUUGCCUGUAUACAAACGUCUUCACUCCGAAUCAUCCUGGAAAAUCGGAUAAAAAGCUGCCAGUCAUGGUUUAUAUUCAUUCAGGUGGUUUCAUGUUUGGGAGGGGUGCCCAAUUUCGCGCAGAUUAUCUCAUGGAGACCAAGAAAGUUGUCGCUGUUGUGUUUCAGUACCGUUUGGGAUCUUUCGGAUUUUUAAAUACGGAAGACAGUCAUAGCUUUGGCAAUAUGGGGAUGAAGGACCAAGUCCUGGCGUUGAAGUUUGUUCAAGAAAAUAUCGACAAAUUUGGUGGUGACCCGAAUCAAGUCAUGAUUUUCGGAACGUCCGCUGGUGCUGCUAGUGUUCAUUAUCAUCUAUUGUCGCCGUUAUCGAAAGGCUUAUUUCACUCCGCCUUCAGUGGGAGUGGUACAGCGUUGUGUCCUUGGGCUUUCCAGCGAAACCCGAAAAAUUCUGCGAUAAAAUUGGCAAAACUUUUAAGCUGUCCGACCGACAAUUCAGAACAAUUAGUAGACUGUUUAAGAAAUAGGGAUGCAGACGAAAUUGGAUUUGCACACAGCAAGUUAAUGGAUUGGGCGACCGACCCAAUCGCGGCGUUUGGUCCGUCUCUCGAAGUUGGAAAUCCUGAUCCGACCACGAAAUUUAUCCAUGCUCACCCAGCCGACAUAAUUCAGAGUGGAAAGGUUAAUGAAGUGCCGUGGAUCGUAGGUUUCAAUUCGGAUGAAGGAUACGAACACACACUUUCAAUAUUCAGAGACAGCAAACUUAUGCUCGAACUGAACGGAAAACCAGACGAAAUUUAUCCAAUAACGUUGGAAUAUGUGAACGAAUCUGACCAAACGAAGAAGCAAAUAACGGAUAAAGUUCGGGAAUUUUAUUUCAAAAACGAGGAUAUUUGUGACAGAAAUAUGAAAAAUUUGAGCAAUGUAUAUUCUGACAAGACGUAUGUCCUCUGCACGUUACGAAGUGCAUACCGACACGCUAAAAUAGGUAAACCUGACACGCACCCAAUUUACCUGUUUCAAUUUGACUACAAGGGGAAAAGCAGUAUUGUUACGUUGAGGGGGUUUUCUCGGGAAGGAUUUGGUUCCAACCAUAUGGAUGACAUUCAAUAUUUGAUUAACUCUCCCUUGUUUGAGUUUAUUGAUGAGGAAUCACAAGAUAAGCCAUUCCAAAAGGAGUAUGUUGAAAUGAUUACGAAUUUUGCGGUGACGAGGAAAAUAGCGGCAUUCAGCCAAGAUCGGCCCGACGACGUCUGGCAACCGUUAGAUCCCGGUGGAAACAUAAAAUGGUAUCAUGUCACGUCUCAACCAAAAAUGGAACCCAUAACGGACGCCUGGUCACAAAGGAUGCAUUUUUGGGAUCAAUUCGAUCUACAAGAAUAUUCCGUGGCAGGAAAGACUCAACCUCGUGAUGAGUUAUGAAUUAAUUCAUAUGUAAAAAUUAUACCAUAAAAUACUCAUAUUUUCUUUGUUACAUAUGCAUAAUUAUUGUCGAACUAAUAAAGUUGUGAAGUAGUAAAUUGCCA